CUUUGAAGGACAUUGAGGUUGACAGGUGAUCAUGGCGUUUGCAAGUAAGUAAUCGUAUUACAAAGUGGAAAUUACAUGGCCGCGCAGAGAUACGGAAUUUUUCUAAGUUCGAUUGAGCUCUUCACGAAUUACUCGUGAGUAAAACGAGUAAAAUUUUGUCAACACGAGAAGAGAAAUUUCGUAUCUUUAUGGCAAGCCGAUUGUAGCAUUAUUCAACACCUGAAUCCAAUGAAAUUCAAUUUCAAUUCAAUGUCAAUUCAGUGAAGUUCAAUUUCAAUCCAAUGAAAUUCAAUGUCACUUCAGUGAAAAUAAAUUCAGUUUUUAAUUUGAAUUCAAUGUCAGUUCAUUCAAUUCAAUGUCAAUUCAAUGAAAUGCAAUGUCAACUCAAAGAAGUUCAAUUGCAAUUCAUGUCAAUUCAAUGAAAUUCAAAUUCGAUUCAAUUUCAAUUCAAUGUCAAUUCAUUUUCAAUAUUCAACUUCAAUUCAAUGAAUUUCAAAUUAAGUGCAAAGCGUCAUGGUUCUUGCAAAGCACUGCGGAUCUUAUACAUACGGGAAUCACGCUCUUCCAGCUCUUCUUGCCAUUUGCAGGUAAAAUGGAGAAGCAGCUUUGAAGUCUUGCUGCUUUCCUGGGUGAAUGUUCUAGAAUAGUUUCCCAGGUCUUGGAUAGUAGUGAUUCAAGCUCAAAUGGCAAUGUGACACAGAUUUUACUAGCAAAUAGCAGAAGAACAGCCAGCAAUGUUUCAAGUGCCAUUGAACGAGCUCGAUCUAUGCUUGAACGUAGUAGAAACAGAGGGCUGUGUUCUCGCUUAAAUAAAAGGGAACGACUCCCAGACAUUCUAACCCUCCCGAUUUGAUUGAGAGUCUCCCUAUUUGUCGUGUUGUCUCCCACUCCCCCAAUUGUUAUCAGAUCCUCCCGAGUUAUCCUGAAAUUCUAAAAACAAGGAAAAAAAUGGCUAAUCUUUAGUAAAAUUUUGGGAUCUGAGGGUAAAACAUUUCAUGUUACAUUGUGAUGAGAAUAAAGACCUUAUAGAAUAACUCAGAAAUGAUGCUAAAGUGCAGAAAAAGGCGCUUGAGAGAUACUAAAUUUGAAAAAUUUUAUGGGGGGCAUGCCCCCAGACCCCCAGGGCUAGAGGCUUGUGCUUUCAGCACUUGCAUCAGCUCUUUGGAGGCUAACAAAAACCCCCCUUUUUUUUCCUCAGAAGGGGUUGGAAUGCCUGGACUCUGAGCAUCCUCCUCUUCUCCAAGUCUUGGUAGUAACCGAGGAAAUUGAGAAAGCAAAAGAACCUGGCAAUCAAAACCAUUUGAGAUUCGCUCUCCUCUACGAAGCGAGAAUAUAGCCGUCUGUGUCUACUGCUUUGAAGCAUAGAUCAAGCUCAUUCGACUGCACUUGAAACAGUGCUGGCUGUUCUCCUGCUAUUUGCUGGUAAAACCCGCGUCAUGUUUAGCCUGAAUUUCAUGCGAUUACUUCGAGUUGUUAUUACUCCCUCAGUAACGUCUGAAUCGACCGGCCUUUAAUGCCGUCCAGUGAUGUCGCCUGUACGGAACAUGCAGAUCUGCAGACUGGUCUUUCUUUCGUCUGCUCAACCGUCUUCAGCAGGCCUGCAGAUCACUUGCCUGAAAUGUCUGCAGUUAGUAUGCAGUUGGUCUGUAUUAAGUGUGCAGUUCGAUUUUAUUUAGUCACGGAAAGGUGAACACAAAAAGUGGAUCGGUUCUAAAAGUAUCCCUUCACUGUCAGUGAGCUGCAAGUUAAAAGGUGAAUGACAGACCUUUAGGUCUGCAGAUUGACUGCAGCAAAGUGAAUGGAGUAUUAGAUGUCAGCUAAAAAUAUACGAAGAAAACAACACGCUGCAAGCCAAAAGGUGACCUAAAGGUGACCUUUAUUUAAGAAUGGAAAGAGGCAUCGAGAGAGUAACUUAAAAUUAUCUUUUUUAAAAAUAAAGAGAAUAACAGCGAUUGCUCUUAUACAUAAAGUUUACACGGACAGCAGGCAAAUGAUAUUUUGAUUCGUUGCAAUGCAUGGGCUAAGCUGGACAUUGCUCACCUUGACGUUUUGUCCAUGAUCGACGAUCUUCUACACUUUUUUCAUGAAAGAAAUCAACCCAAUUUUACUUUGGUCGUCGUUAAAUUUUACAAAGGACUAAGGACCGAACAUUACCACGAGCGUAUAAGAAUCUUGUAAGUGCGAAUUACCCCAUCUGAGAUUCUUGUAUCUGUGUUGCUUGCUCUGGUUCGAUUCGUCGAUACUUAGCGUAGAAGUCACUGUUCAGUGCGUUGUUUGCAAAUACGUUUGAGCAGUUCCAUCCAAAAACUUUAACAGAACUUCCAUCUCGAAACAGAACUAGAUGCAAAAACACUUAGACUGUUUGCGCCUUUCAUUCAACCGUCGCAAAUGUUUGGGAUCCCGUGUUUGUCUAGAGAUGUAAUGGGAUCUCAUGUAAGAGGACUGACCAAUUAGAUCACGGCCUAGAAUGUCUCCAGGGAAUUAGCGAUAACAUUCCCACACUUGCCGGUCACGGAAUAAAAUUCAUUGAAAGCAUAGAAUUUGAAGGUUUAUUCAAUAAGUGAUCUUCCUUGAGCACAAGCUUACUCACAUUUCUUAGAGGUACAGUCAACGUUUUCGCGUUAUAAAAGCCGUAAUCUGUGCCAAGGCUUUAUCUGGCGAUUCAUGUUAUUGGCGCUCAAGAAAGUCAGAUCGACCGCAGCUGAAUUGUAGCGACGUUACUGCAGCUACUUCGCAGCGUUUGAAAGUCGGCAACUGCGCUGCAAAAGUGCUGCCGAGAGCUUCAAAGAACCUUCAAAGGCUGCACAGCGCUAAUUUGCAGCCCGCUGCAACUUGAAUGAAGCUGCUGUUUGGCUUCUAAAAGGCUGCUGAACAGCUGUAAUUUAGCUGUACAGCUAUUUUGAAGCGAUUUUGUGGCACUGUACAGCACUGCAAGUUUCGUGCGGGUGGUUGUCUGCACAGCGUCUACUGCAGAUCAAGUGCAGACAUAAUAAUAGAUCCUUACUGCAUAAUCACCAAAAGUCACGAAAGGUCUGCAACAGACUUGCUGCAAACAAGAUAAAAGGCAACACACAGUCAAGGAAGAAGUCAUUUUCAUGAGAUGUCUGUCACAGACAGUAUGCAGACUUGCAGACUUCAGUUUUGUGUCAAAUUGGUCUGCUGUAUGACUGAACAGACCUGUGACAGACCUGAGAAAGGCCUUCGGCAGAUCUGCAAGUUACGUACGGGACUCACUACUCCUUGACCUUUGCUUUAAUUCAUGCAAAAAGUAAAACACAAUUUUCAAGUGGCAAACCGAGAAAUAUCUUUUGGAAAGGUCUGCAUGAUACAGAACUGCUUUAUUUUUUUAGAUCGUAAUUCAUGUUUAACAUUCAAACUAUCAACUGCAUGCAGCACAACUCCGGUUGUACUAAAUUCUACAAUCAAACUCGGUCGCAAUCACGCAAUGAAAUAAACACACACACAGAACACGUAGUUCAAAAACACAAUGAUUUGUUUUAAUUGAAAAGAUGCUAUUUGGUCCUUAACGAAGAAAAAAGCAACGAGACAGGAAAGAAAAGCUAACAGAAUCAUUACUGUUGACGGUAAAAAUAGCAAGAAGGUCGAAUUAUAACAUUGAUCUCAGAAAACUGCGCGUAAACGAAAUCACCGGCCGCCGAAACCACAAAACGGCUGUAAAUGAAAAACCUACUGACUCUCCCUCCGCAAUGAUUCUUCGUUCGCAGUUCAAUUUAGCAUUUCAGUUUUGAAGACAAGGGCAAUUUUGCUGUUUAAGAUAAAGAUUGCGCUUAUCGAAAUGAACUUUGAACUAAACAAAAGGAUGCCAGGGAUGAGAUCCGCUGAAAAUCAAGUGACAAUCCCGCUAAAAUUUUUCAUAAUUAUACAUAAUUAUGGGAAUGUUUAGACAAUCAGCCAAUCAAAACCACUACCCGGUUUUCGGGUAGUGAGUGACGUCACUGGACGGCAUUAACGGCCGGUCGAUUCAGACGUUGUUGAGAGGAGAAAACGACUCAAAGCAAUCGGAUGAAUUUCGGGCCAGUGUCAUGUUGCCAUUUGAGCUUGAAUCACUACUAUCCAAGACCUGGGAAACUAUUCUAGAGCAUUCACCCAGGAAAGCAGCAAGACUUCGAAGCUGCUUCUCCAUUUUACCUGCAAAUGGCGAGAAGAGCUGGAAGAGGGUGAAUUCCGUAUGUAAGAUCUACGAUGCUUUGCAAGAACCAUGAUGCUUUGCAGUUAAUGAUUGAAAUGACAUUGAAAUUCAUUGAAUUGAAGUUGAAUUGAAAUUGAAUUGACAUUGAAUUUCAUUGAACUGACACUGAAUUUCAUUGAAUUGAAAUUGAACUUCAUUGAAUUGACAUUGAAUUUGUCUUAUCUUUUAUUUAUCAUAUUAUUCAUUAUUUAUUAUAUUUUUAUGUUGUGUCCCCAAUUAGCGUCAGCUAAAUACAUCGACACAUGAAUAAAGUUCAUCAUCAUCAUCAUCAUCAUCAUCAUCAUCAUUCAAUUGACUUGGAAUUUCAUUGUCAAACUGAAAUUGAAUUGAUACUGAAUUCCAUUGAAUUGAAAUUGAAUUUCAUUGAAUUGACAUUGAAUUUCAUUGAAUUGACAUUAAAUUUCAUUGAAUUGAAAUUGAAUUCAAGUGUUGAAUAAUGCUACAGUCGGCUUGCCACAUAUCUCCAAGCGACCUUGCAAUUUUCUUUUCAUUAUGUAAAAGCCUCACAAUACAACAAUAGGGUACUUUAUUCUCUCCUGCCCCUUAAAAAACAAUUAAAUUCCUAUGUUAACUGAAGAUAAGUACUAAAGCUAACAGUAAGUUCGCGAUUCCAAUCUACUUUUUUAAAAACAAAGAAAAGAGGGACGCUACUCUCUAUCUGGGCUAAUGCAGAUGUCAAGAGUUAAAAAAUAGACAUACAUGUAAACAUACUUUAUCUGUUAACGCUUGUUGGAGUAGGCAGCCAGAGGCUGAUGGGGAGUCCUGCCUCCUAACAAUAAAAACGUUGUAAAAAAAAAAUCGUCGUCAUAUCCGCACUUGAUCCUCGCAGAAACCCAAGAUGAGAAAAUUGUUCCAUCGAACAAAAUCCUUUUACGAGUCUUCCGCCUAGACUGAAGCUUCGCUGAGUUUUUGGCGAAGAUUUUCUUGUGGCCACUUCCUGACCUGCAGCCGCUAUGAGAGGACAUUUUGUUACCUUCAAACAGUUGACCUCAAAUAAGCUGUUGAUCAGAGUACAGACUGUAAUUGAAACAAAAACACAGUGAAACCUUCUAAAAGGGCUGUACAAUAGUAAUGGACGUAUAACUCUGCGAACUGUUAAUGGAUGGCUGAGAUAAAUAACAAUAAACUCUUGAUAUUGAAUCACCCGCAGAACUUGAAAAAGUUGGUGAACGUUUUCAAGAUGUAAUGCUUCGUCGCGCACAUGCGCAGUGUGUGACAUAGCCCCUUUAAUGCAACUUAGAAGAUCUUGAAGCAAGCCGAGCCUUUUGAUCCCACUUCAAAUCGCUGUAAUUUGUGCCUGUGGGAAAAAAAUUUUAUCAUUUGCAGACUCUACCUGGUGAGCUUGUAACUUCCUGCAGGCAUACGCUCAAAUUCUUCUUAGCAGCUUUACAUCUUCUGUUGUCACGCAAUAGUUUAUGAUUCAAAUUCUGUGUACGCAUUUGUUGUCUGCGCAUAUGUUGUGAUGAACUCUUAAUUGGCAAUUUUUUUAUCAAAACUAAGUAGUAAAAGUAAAAGUAUACAGAGAACUGUCAAACAUAGCAAGGGACAGGGAAGCCCUUCAAUUUGAUGUCCAUCAGUUACUAUCCUAGCUGGGCAUUUAAAUGGCAACUACUCUUUAAUCCCGAUAAAUGUGAAGUUUUACGUAAUCACACAAAUAAGACUUCUCCCUCCCUACAUACUCAUUGAGUACGAGCCUUAAAAGUGUAAAGUGCAUAAAGGAUUUGGGCAUUAUGGUUUCUUCGGAUUUAUCCUGGAGCGAACAUGUUAACAUGACCGUUAAUUAGGCCAACAAAUUAUUGGGUUUGGUUCACAGAACAGUGGGCUCGUCGAAUCCCGACCACGCUUUCUCUACGUUAUAAAAAUCUGUCGUGUGCCCGGUUCUUGAACAUGCUGCUCCGGCCUGGAUCCCAUAUUUGGUUGAAGAUGUGCUUGCAUUAGAAAGAGUUCAGCAAGCCAGUCUCGGCUUCCUCUCGGGCAAAAACGUGGUGAGAUGGAAUUAUUACAAAGAUCGUUUAAGGAAACUGAAGUGGCCUACACUUGAAACAUGUAUUUUUUUUCUUUCUUUAGUUGAAUGCUAUAAGAUCGUUUAAUUUUGACAUGAACAAAAUUAUCUUUGACGACCUUUUUGAAUUUACCAAGUGCAAUUCAACCCACGCUAACCAUUCGUAUAAACUAUUAAUGUUAAGCCAGUAAAGUGUAAUCCAUAUAAAUAUUCUUUUCCUAUCCGAAUUGUACGGGGGACUAAGAUGUUAAUGUUACUUUGUUUAAAGUAUACAAGUUCAUAUUCAUGUCCCCCCAACAACCUUGUUGAAAACUGUCUUCCACGUUGUCACUUCUACCUUGUCGCUUUCGAGUUGUUGCUAGAGAGAAAGAACAUGGCAGCCAUGUUCACGAAGCUGUUGUGCUUGCAUGCACUUUUUCUUCUCUGUAUAUGUCUGUUUGUACUUUGUACAAUCCCGUCUAUUCCAGAUAGUACUGUUACGGGUGCAUAGAAGCCUUUUUUCUGUCCCAUAAACCUAGACUGAAGUUAGCAACAAUUUAGAGUUUACAAGUUUAUUUUUUUAAAUAAAAAUUUAGAAGGAAACAAUUUAAUGAUGGCUAUUGUGGAGUAAUUAUGUCAAAGCCAGCUACGCAUACUUGGGUGUCUUGAAAAUAAAGACCCCAAAGACUCCCAAAACUUGAAAACAAAGACCCCCCAAUCUCUUUUACAUUUUUUUUUUAUGGGAGGGGGAGGGGAGGCCUCUCUUGAACAAUAAUCAGAAAAGUCUUCUGUACUCAGGCGCUCUCUAUUGUUUUUGGCACUUCCCUGCAAAAUUGUCUUUUUGUGAUGGCAGAGUUUGUCGUUAUCGAGGGGGGUGGGGAUGUGGGGUGGGUGGGGGAGAGGGAAUUUGAAAAUAGACUUAAAUAUCGAGUAAUACUAAAUCAUGUGCUCAGAAAUUGUGGAGCCACGUUCAGAUUUUUUUCAGGCCUUCCUUUUUUCUUCCCCUUUCCCCCCAGAAAAGCCUGAUACUCAAGCUAAAUUUAAACUAGCUAUCCAAUCCAUUUACAGUAUGUGAAAUAAACACAUCAUAAAUUGUUGCUAGGUUUAAUCCAUCUGAGUGGAAGGAUGCAAGAGUAACACCUAUUUUUUAAAUCAGGAGCAAGGAUCGAUGCGAAUAAUUACUGACCAAUCUCAGUUCUUCCGCUGGUGUCAAAGAUUAUGGAGCGUGCUAUAUUCAAGUACAAUUCUUGGCUUUUUUGAGAGAACUCGACUUAUUGUCAGACUACCAAUCAGGUUUUCGAAAGAACAUGGUUCGCAUGGGCCUUGAAAAGUCCUUGAAAAAGCAUCACUUCCUUGAAAAGUCCUUCAUUAAAAAAGUGUUUUGCACAAAGGAAAGAUUUGAAAGCACAGCAGUAUGUAAAUUUUCUUAGUGAUCGUGAACGUGUGUUUUCAUAUAAUUUCGGUGUUCCCGCCAUAGUUCAUUUGGCGUUAAUAGAAAUACCCAUGUAGGAACCAUACCUUUCUGGGAGACUAUUGCAAUCAUUGCAAUAAGCAAACCUCCCUCCACUUAUGCAUUUGGACGUAUGGAUAUUUUAAUAUUGUUUUGUUGGAAUCAGUGACGAUGGCAAUGCAGUCAAAAAGGCAGAAGGGUCAGUGUCUGAGGAGAUCGAGGAAAUGAAAAAGAAAAAGCCAGGCUGUGCUUGAAGGAAAAUUGAAGGGAGCCCAGUGCUCUGAAACUGUAAAAUCUAGGGUGCCCAGCAUAUGAUUUGUAUGAAAAAACUAAGAUUUCCUAGUCACUUGAGAGCAAAAGUUAGGCACCAGGGGCCACCGGGCUCUGCUGCUAGAGCACAGCCCUGAAUUGCAAGAGUAGAUUCCAAUAUAAAUUAUUACUGAAACACCAGACAAACUUUGCUUGAAAGCAGAAGCCACAGGCAAAUUAACUUUUGUCACACCAGCCAAUACACUUAGAAAAACUCGCUGUCAAUUGGAAAAUGCAUAAAUUAGCUUACUUGGAUGCAAACAUUUAUAUCAGUUUGCAAAAGCUCAAACAAUAGUCUGGUCAAAUUUUGUCUGUAGUAGACACAAUCUGAACAUUUUUCAUAGGUUUGUAAUUUUACUUCUUCUCAUUCUGUGUUAAAUAAUGCGGAAAAGAUGUCCUUUGGUCCUUGAAAAGUCCUUGAAAAGUACUUGAUUUUUUUCCCCAAAAUUCUGUAUGAACCAUGAAGAUCUAAGCAUUCUACUGAAACUGCGGUAGUUUACCUCACUGAUAAUUUAUAUUUUGGAAAAUAUGGAUAGGCAAAUGAUUACUGGAGCUACAGUUAUUGACUUGAAAAAAGCUUUAGACUUGGUUGACCAUGAAUGUCUGCUUUUUAAGCUAGAACACUACAGAGGUAUCUCAGUUGAUAUAUAUAUCGUGUUGGUAGAUAUAUCAACCAAGAUAUCACUUGCGUGUCGGCCAACAAAUCAAUCUGACAACGCCGACGUCCAUUAAAACGUCUCUGAAAAAUUAAGACUGUGCAUCCUUUUAAUUAAGCUUUUUCGCGAUUAUCCCAAUUUGCCAUGUUAGUUCAAAAAAGGGAAUCUUGUUUGGUGCUGAAGAUAGGUGACCGCGCCUGAUUUCAGACAGAGAUGGUCGAAUUCAUUGCCUUGCCAAUCCGCACUUUGUUUGAAAGCCAGAUCAUUAUUCUUGGCCGAAACAAACUCCACCGAUUUAGUCUGUACACAGAGGCUGCAAUUAAUACAAAGAAGCCUCUGAGAAGUGGGGGGUAGAACAGGUAUACCUGCCCUGCUCAGCAAACGUUACUAACCCAGGUUAAAUUACGUCUGCUAUGCAGGCUACAAUCCACCAAUUCGGUAGCCUAUUGAUUGACAUGUUGGCUGACAAUCGGACAACCACUCUCGCUUGACAUAUCGACUGACAUAUCUUGGUUGAUAAAUUGGCUGACUGUUGGCCGAUAUAUCGCCCAAGAUAUCGGUAGGGUGUCAGGUGACAUAUCCACCGAUAUAUUGGUCAAGUGUCGGCCAAUUAAUGUCAAUUGAUUUUUAUUGACUAAGGGGUGCACAAAUUACAGUCAAGAUCCAGUUUUAGUAAGGUUUAAUAGUCAUUUAAGGAUGUUCUGGGCCCAACUAAGUAUGUUUUCCAGUUCUUGGGGAGUUUGGUCCUGUGCCCUGCAUUCCUGUGUCCUGCGUUCUAUAUGAACUAAUGUGACUAUUCAUUAUUUGUUUUAACAGUGGAAGAGUUAAAGGAGAAACUUAUUCAGGAUAUGGAUAGUGGUGACAGAGGCAAGCACCUUAUCCAUUUUAUCCAAAUUAUGGAAAGUGAGAAGGUUACAAAUUACAGGGAAAUAACGCGUUGGCUAUUAAAUAUGUGUGAAGAAAGCCGCCAUAAAAAGUUUACCCAAGGGGAGAUACGAUGCCUUUGGCAAGUUAUAAUUGCAGGGCAACAACAGGAA